UUUUUUUAUGUUUCGUCGAAAGCGCUGCUGAACGAAUCGCGUGCUACUUUUCCUCCCAGCCAGAAGAAGAUUCGCCCCCCUCCCCACAACACACACUGGAGAGAUGGCGACGUCUGCCCGAGAUACGGCGCUCUGGCUGCACAACAAGCUCGGCGCCACGGACGAUCUGUGGGCCCCGAGCUCCGUCACGGGUCUCCUGACGCCCGACACGCUGUACAACACGCGGCAGUGCUUCCUGGAGCUACAGGUGCCCGUCAAACUCAAGCUGCUACUGGCGCUGGUGCAUCUGCCCAGGCGACAGUUGCAAGAAUGCUCCGCUUCCGUGGAACACGUGAUCUCCCAGGCCCUACAGGACGACGACGCGUGGGUUCGUAUGAUCGCGGACGUCGUGCGAUCCUACCCCAAGUCCGGCGCCCUCAACACCCACCUGGAGGACACCCAGUCUGUAUACGGUGACACGGUGGAGAACCUAAGGGGCCCUGUGUCAGAGGUCGACACCUCCUCUCUCCUCCCUUUAGAGUGUAAGUACCUGAACAGGAACGCUCUGAACGCCAUGCUCGGCCAACAGCCUCCUCCUGUCAAACACUUCGCGUUGAAACGGAAGCCAAAGUCCGCCACCCUUCGCGCCGAACUCCUUCAGAAAUCCAGCGAGGCGGCGCUACAACAGAAGAAAGGCGUUCCCAGCACCCCCAUCCCUGGAAAGGCACGUACGCUCUCAGUCGGUCGGAGGAUCGAUACAACCACUCCGCUAAAAGGGAUUCCAAAAUCGUUCACAGCGAGUAGCCACAGCGGUUUCCACGGAAGCUCCGCCACGGGAGGGCGCAGCGUGGCGCGCCUGGCGGCCAUGACGGCUUCCCGGAAGGGAGAGCGCGGGGCAAAGUUCCUGGAAAUCGAGGAGCAACCCCUGGGGGGUCAGGCCAAGCGGAGAAAGAGGAUGCAAGACGAGACUCAGGAGAAACAGAAACAGAAGGAAGAGAAGGAAAAAGAGGAAGCUGCAACGGCCACGCCCGACUACGCGGCGGGACUGCUCGCUGCUGCGGCCACGGCACAGAAGAGCGCAGUUCCGGUGACCACGAUAGAAGUGACUGCGCCUUCGUACGCACCGAGCACGGCAAUGAGAACCAACACACCAGGAAAUGCACCUGCCACACAAACUACUACUUCAGCAGUGCCCAACUCGGUGGCAGCAGCCAGAGAGAACCUUCAACAGCAGCUCCAGCAGCAGCUGCAGGCCCCGCAGUUCUCUGCACAGCCGACCCUGCAGCAGCCGCAGCAGCCUCAGCCCACCCUGCAGCAGCCUGCAGGCCUCCAGUACGAACCACCAGCUGCAGCUGCAGCACAGUCAACCUCUGCAUCAGCUUCCCAGUCUCAACAGAAGAAAGGCCUAUCUCUCACCAGGGAACAGAUGCUGGCAGCACAGGAGAUGUUCAGAACUUCCAACAAGGUCACACGUCCAGAAAAGGCGCUCAUUCUCGGCUUCAUGGCGGGCUCUCGCGAGAACCCGUGUCCGCAGCAGGGCGACAGCGUCACGAUCAAACUGAGCGAACACACGGAGACCGUUCCCAAACCAGACGGAACCGGCGAAGCCAACAUGGUCGUGGACACACUGUUUGAGAUGAACUACAAAACUGGGGAGUGGAAGAGACUGAAGAAAUACAGGCCAACUGUCUGAUCUGUAUUUCUGUCCAGUUUCUUAGACAUAUUAAACACAACAAGAAAUGCUCUUGAAGAAAGCUUGCUUACCAUUAGAUUAGCCUAGAAUCCAGCCGUGUUGUGCUCUGGUCGCUCCCCAAAGGUACACUUCCUGCUAACACGUCUGGUGUUCGUUACUAUUUGAACGAUCAGCAUUUGCAUAUUCGCAGAGAUUUUAUGUGAGAUUUCUGAUUGGCUGGUUCAAGCACUCGUUCAAACAGCGAUCCAUUAUCAUCAACAUGGCCGCCGCAUCAGACGUUCAUAAUGUCUGAACUACCCAGCGAAUUACCCGGAAUUUCGUCACUUAGACGAGCAAACAAAGACCUUAGAGGCCUUUAUCAAUGGAAAGGAUAUUUGAAUAGCGCUCUUGCCAACAGAGUAUGGAAAAGGUUUGAUUUAUCAGAUCGUUCCAAUAGACUAAGUCUCGAAGAAGAUGGGUCGUUGAUGAUGAUGGAACCCCUGUUGUAUACAAAUACCAAUUGUUCAAAUGGUAACGAACACCAGACAUGUUGGCAGGAAGCGUACCUCUGGGGAGCGACCAAAGCACAACACGGCUGGAUUCCAGGCUACCAUUAAAUAAUUGUUAGGAUGAAAUCGUAGCAGAAACUACUGGAUGUUUAUGUAUACAACUGUUCAAGCCCUGCCCUCCCAUUGACAAUAACACGUCCUUCACGUAAACCGUCUUGCUACCUUUUCCUUUGCUGCAUUAUUGAUAACUAAUGGCCACAGUACUUCAUCUUGCUUGCUUGUACUUCAUCAAUGAACAUCAAAUUAUCUUGGAUACCAUUAUUUUACAAUCCGUGGAUUCUAAAGCACUUUAGAUACACAGAUCUAUUCAGACUAUGCAUUGUCUGCCAUUGAGCAAAAUUUCGAAUGCAUGAUGAGUAAAAAAAGAGCCAACUGGCAAUCCUGGCCUGUCUGCAGGUUGAUUGAUAUGAAACAAAGGAAGGCAGGAAUGUAUAAAAGCUGAAAUAUUCACUUUUCAAGCUGCACAACUUCAUAAGAUGUUAGCUGUUUGUUAUUUACAUGUACGGCAUGUAUAGAAUUAACAUGAGAAGAAAACACACAUAAGAAAUAAAGAUUGUGUGUGCUCUGUAUUUCUUCCAAUUUUCAUAGAAGAGAGAAAAAAUCUGAUGAACCCUAAGGGACAGGAAACAAUACCUCCAAUAUAUGACUUUUCUAGCCAUCACUUUUUUUAGCGAUGCUAGAAUGGCCUGUCAGAACAAAUUAAUGCUAGUAGAUUACUAACGAUCCUUACAAGUCAGUGACCAUUUUGCCAGUUAUAUGUGUUGGCAUUUAAUUUUUCUGCCUUUUCAUUCUAUUGACGCUGAAGGAGAGGUACGUAUUGAUGUCACUUGAAACAUCUGAAGUAAAAUACUAAUUUCAUCCAGUUGUACAUGAAGAGAUUGAAUUGUCCUUAUUAUACAUGAAUUUCUAACCAUCAUGAACAUACCAAUGCUGUUAUCUAUGUAUCUUUUCACUCUCUUAUUAGAAUAAAGCAAAGAAAAGGUGUGAUUGAUAUGUAAUUAUGGUCAGCAGAAAGAAAUAUAUAUAUAUUUGAACAUGGGAGAGUGCAAGAGACUUGGGUCUAUAGUUGCAUGUACAAAGGUAGUACAUUGAACUAGUGAGAAUACAGCUUUACUAUAAUAGUUGUAGACCUAUCUGUAACCAGAUUGUCAAACUGUAUUAUAUUAAUCACAAACUUACAUGAUAUUAUCAGCAGCCGGUAAACACGUGUGUAUUACCUUGAAAGAAUUUUGUUUUCUUUCAAUUCCUUAAAAACAAACCUUAUGUACAAAGGCAAAAAGCAAAUUACACACAUUGCGUUAAUUAAGUAGGAAAACAGAAAUCCUUGGCCAUAACCUGUUUGAUAUGCCAAUAACUUACGGUAUAUUGUAGCACCUGGACGAGCCUACAACAGAAUGAUAGUAAACUGAUGCAUCUUUGUAUUGCAUUCCCCGUAAACCGGAAGAACAAAAUACAACAUUGUCACCAUGCAAAGAUAACUAUCCUUGUGUAUAAUUUUAAUGAGUGACACAUUGACACCAAAUAACUUCAUAAUAUCAUACCUUGAAAAAGAUUACUAUUUUUCAAUAUUCAUCUUAGAGAUGUUCAAAUAACUUGAUUGCACCAAGUUGUAACUAAAUUACAUCAUCCAAUAUGUAUGAAUCCAUGUAUUACUUUUUGACUUUGUCAUUGAAAAAAAAAA